AUCCAGACGACCCAUGCGGCAUCAGCAGUUACAAGGGAGAUAAGGAUUCGGACGGCAUGAGUCCUUGCGGCCGGUUCCCUUGCCAGAAGACUAAGGAAGGCAAUACAUGCACCUGCAUUAUUGAAAUCGUUCCUCUGGCUAGGCAACCAUUUGUUGCGGUUGCAAACGGAAUUGGCGCCCAAACAUGUGCUUAUGUGGACGUGUGUGGGUCGUACUUCAAGAACCCCUGCUACGUGGGCACAUGCAUCAACGAUCUCAAGGGCUCCUACUCCUGCAUCUGCCCUCCCAACUACAUUGAGAGAGUCACAUUUUAUGGCCUCCCCACCUGUGAUCCAGCAAAUAAUACAGCCACCAGCAUGACAGUUACUGGAGACAACUGGCAUUGUUCAAAUGUUUCUGCACUUGUUGGGAUCCCACUGGGAAAGGUCAUCUCUACCAAUACUGGGAUAGAUUGCAGCCAGCCAUUGCCCAGGGGCAGUGUCCUUCAGCUGGACGGUGCUCCUGACAUACCUUGCACUGCCUUCUUCUACGCCCUCAAGAGUGACACGUGUACAUCCAUCAGCUCGCAACUCACCUUGGGUGAUGAAGAUCUUGUCCAGCUCAACCCUGGCCUCAACUGUUCGCCCAAUGGCCUCAAGGCAGGCCAUUCAGUGUGCAUCGAGCGCAACUCUUCCUUCGCCUACUCUGCCCCUGAGUGUCGAAGAUACGGCACGUUGACACCACAAGACACGUGUGAGGUGCUGCUUCAAAGGUCCAUCAACGAGCCGGGUGCAACUGUCACUGGAAGUGACUGGGUUGAGCUGUACCGCAACAAUCCCGGCCUCACUUGCUCCAGCGCCUUCCCUAGCAACAUCAAAGUGCAG